AUGCCAUCCAGCAUGCCAGCAGCACACAGAGGCUUCUGCAAAAUCUCACGCUCGGCCCUGCUAUUUUCCAGCAGAACUAAAGCAAUGGGGAUCCUUUGGUUCAUUUUAAUCUUCAUCUCCCUGACCAGUCACGGAGAUGCUCAUGGACCAGACAGGUGUAACCACGAAGGGGGCUUGUGCCGAGUUGGAAACUGCGUUUCUGGUGAAUAUCUGGCUAGGUACUGCUUUGAACCCAUCAUUCUCUGUUGUAAAAGUUUAUCACCCACUACUGCAAAGAGCUGAAGAUUUCCAAAGGAGCAAACCGCAGCACGUGGAGAGCUGCAGGCUCCACUAACAAGGAACGAGCUGCUGUUGGGAAGGAGAUG